AGUAUCUUCUCAGGAUGAACUUGUAAAGGCGCUCCUUGUGACAGAGGCUGGAACAAAGCGUGAUAAGUUAAAUGUGGAUGCUUGUACUACCAGAAUCAACAACUUACUUUUCCAGGUGAGGUCCCUGCGAAUGACAGGUUCUCUUGCACUGAAUCUAUGCGGCAUUGCCUGUGGGAGGAUUGAUCUUUGCUAUGAGGCUGGGUUCGGAGGUCCAUGGGAUGUGGCUGGUGGUGCUGUUAUUGUUGAAGAAGCCGGUGGCGUUCUGUUUGAUCCAUCAGGAAAAGAUUUUGAUAUCACGUCUAGCUCAACGAGUAGCUGCGUCAAACCCUUUACUAAAGGAUGCUUUUAUUGAAGCCUUAACCCGCCAAAGUGUAUGAGAUUAUUCUGGAUACUACAAAUGCACAAACUCAAAUGUGACCAAUAAUUGUUGUAUUAUCAUUCUCUUGUUGGGUAUAUAUGACUUGUUGCGUUAAUGUAAUAACGUUAGUGGAGAAGAAAGGCUUGAUUUGGAUAAUAGAUGCGAAUUUUAUUAAAUAUCGCAUUUGCAAUAUGCUGAAAGUGU